AUGCAUCCCUGUCUCUACCCCACUCCUUCAUCCGCCAUCCACCACUUCUCACGUCUUGUCAUUCACCACGACACCCGUUCCCGCUGCCAUCGUACUCUCUCGUCUAUCCGUACCGUGUGGCAGUACUCGGACGUGCGUCAGGCUGGCUCGCUCACGCGCCCCGAGUUCUUCAACGCGCUGCGCCUUGUCACUGUAGCGCAGUCGGGCCGCGACCUCACCCCCGACCUCGUGCGCGCCGCGCUCAACGGCCCUGCCGCCUCGCAGAUCCCUCCUCCUCGCAUCGCGGGAGCUCCUUCUCCUGCCACUGCUCCAUCCCCCGCCACUGCUGCUCCUGCGGGUGGUGCUUCUGCCCUCCCUGCUGCUCGAGGCCCUGUUCCUGCUCCGUCUGGUGUUGCCGCUGCUGCAGCACCUGUUGCUGCCGCUGCUCCUGCUGUUGCUGCACCAUCUGCUGCAGGAGCAGCAGCAGCACCCCAGCUACCCCGACGCCCGUCGCCUACUCCCACUCGUCCCGGGAUGGGACCAGGCGCCGUUUCUGCCCCACAGCCUCUCUCCUCCUUCCCUUCUGGCCUCAGCGUAGGCUCCUCCAGCGCAGGACUAGGCUCGGGAGGAUUGACAGCCGCAGCAGCAGCAGCGGGAUUGAAGCCGAAGCAGCCUGGCGCUCUGUCAGACGUUUUCGCUGAGUUUGGUUCGUUUGAUGUUAAGUCCAAGUCCGUGCAGCCUACUAGUGCGCCUGUGAGGCGGGAGGUACCGGAGUCGUUGCAGCAGCAGCAGCAGCAAGCGCAGAUGGGGACGAUUCAGCUGCAGCAGCAGAUGGCUGCUAAGCAGCAACAGGAUCAGUUGCAGCAACAGCAGCAGCAGUUGCAGCAGCAACAACAACAGCAGUCGCAGCAGCAGCAGCAGCAGCAGCAACAGCAGCUACAGCAACAACAGGCGUUCCCACCACCACAGCAGCAGUCGGCAGGGGAGGGGAUGCCAUCCCAAGGACCUGCACCUGCUGCCGCCGCGUCCGCCCCUGCUGCCCCUUCUGCACCUACCACUGCCGGCCUCUCUGCUGCCAGCCAAAGCAUGUCCUCUAUUGCGCAGCCUCCUCCCGCCCCUGCUCCGGCUGCUGCUCCUGCCGCGCCUGCUGCUUCUGAACCCACAGCAGCAAGUUCAGGAGCUGCAGAUCCUGUCGCAGAGGUGCAGCGCUGUGCACAGGUGUUCAGUGCGGUGGACACGGAUAGAGAUGGGAAGAUCACAGGAGAGCAGGCGAGGAAGCUGCUGAUGAGCUACAAGGUCCCUAUCGACGUGCUGAAGCGGGUGUGGGACAUGGCAGACCAGGACAAGGACGGCAUGCUCACCCUGCGAGAGCUCUGCACCGCUCUGUACCUCAUCAACCAUGUGAAGGCGGGCCGACAGCUGCCGCCCACCCUGCCCCAGGGCAUUCACUUGGACGAGCAGCUGACGGGCGUGGGGCAGAUGCCAGUGCCAGCAGAAGCAGGAGACGUGGAUGCAUCCCGGCCCGUGUACCGCUCCCAGGCGCCCGACCUGGAGGCGGAGAAGGUGGCUCAGCUGGACGCGGAGGAAAGGGAGAAGCUUGAGAGCAAGCACAAGGAGGCGGAGGAGAUUGGGAAGAAGGUGUGGGAGACGGAGCUACAGAUAGCGGACUACAGGCGCAAGAUUGACUUCUACCGUGUCAAGAUGCAGGAGAUCAUCAUGUUCAAGAGCCGCUGUGACAACCGCUUGAACGAUGUCACGGAGCAAGUCGCAGCGGAGAAGAGACAUUACGACAUGCUCUGCAAGCGCUACGACGAGCGCUUCAAGGCGUCCAUGCCAGGUGUCAAGUCGCGAUUGGCCUACGAGGACAGCGUGCUCAAGGAAUUGCAGGAGCGCAAGGCGGCGCUGAUGGAGGUGGUGUCGCGAUUCCAUGCCACCACCACUGCUGACGCCUCCGACCUGCUGCAGGGCCGCGCGGACAAGCUGGGCAUGGACCUGGAGGACGCACGGAGGGCCAUGAACAGGCAGGCCAAGGACCUGGGGCUCAAAGUGCGCCCGCUGCUCGGCGCUGCCUCUGGGCCUGAUGCGUGGCGAGUGGCCCUACAGGAGAACAUGGCGGACUGUGAUGAUGACUGGGACGAGUUCAUGGACCAAGAAGGUGGUGCGUUUGUCAUAUGCCUACCUGCCCCCUCUCUCUUCUGCACUGCGUGCUCAUUUACCCUAAAUCCACUGCCCCCAUCUCUCUCACCCCCUCUCCAUUCUGCCUCCCCUGCACCCGCUUCUGGUGCUCGCCUCGCCUGGGCGUACCAACACCUGCCUGUCUUCCCUCUCCAACCCUACAUCUCCCCGUCCCCCUUCACAGGCUUCUCAGUGGUGCGAUCGCGCACAGACGACCUGCUGGGGGGAGAAGAUGAUGAGCUGGCGCCCCUCAUCCCCCUCAGCCCCAUCGACCCCUCCACCCCGUCCCCUGCCCCCUGCCCCCUGCCCUUUGCCCCUGCUGCUGCCCCCACCCCCCCCUUCACAGGCUUCUCAGUGGUGCGAUCGCGCACAGACGACCUGUUAGGGGGAGACGAUGACGAGCCGGCGCCUCUCAUCCCUCUCGGCCCCGUCACCCCCUCCGCCCCAUCCCUUGCCCCGGGUGCUGCUGCCGCUCCUGCUGCUACCCUUGGUUCUGAUGCCGCCGCUGGUGGUGCUGCUGGCGGUGCUGUGUCGGCUUGGGCCCUAUUGGAGGAGGAGGAGGAGAGGAGGGCGCGGGAGGAUGGGGAAGAAGGGGAGGGAGAGGAGGAAGAGGAGGAGGAAGGAAGGGAGGAGGGUGGGGGGGUUGGGCAGCUGGGUGGGUGGUCUAGAGGUAGUGGGAGGGGGCGGGGGGGGAUGGGCGAGGAGGAGGAGGAGGGGGGGCAUGUUGAGGAGGAGGAGCCUGAGACGCCUCAAGGCCCAUCGGCGUGGGACAACCGGUUUGGCUUCACAGCCUCAGGGGUGGACUCGCCCUCUGUCUCCCAGUCCAUGGAUUUCCAGCCCUCAGCCUUCGCCGCCCAGGACUUUGCCUCGGGAUUCGACCAUCAUUUCGAUGCCACAGGCUCGGGCUUCCGAGCCCCCAGCCAGUAUGACUCCAACUUCCGAGCCUCCAGUGAGUUUGACUCGCAUGCGCAUCCAGAAGACUCAGCUUCUGAGCAGUCAGGGCUGGGGUUUGGCCGCCCAGACGAUUACGGUGAGGUGGCUUCGGGCGGCGCUGCAGGAUUUGAUUCUGCAGCGGGGUUUGAUUCUGCAUAUGGAAGUGGGCGGGGCAGCGGUGUGUCGGCGUCGCGAUUUGAUGAGCAUGUGGGGGAGGAGGAUGCAUCGUCUGCAGACAACACACCCAUGGCAGGCGCAGGGGGACACUUUUCUCAGCGCGGGUGGGGUGCUUUCUGA